AUGAAGCAGUUGAAUGUUCCUCUUAUCUUGCAAUUGCAUUUCUUAACAACAGUUAUAGCCUAUCAAUCAUCAGAAUUUUUUCCUUUUUAUUCUCAAAAUGAUACAGAAAAUUUCAAAUAUAAUGAAGAAUUUCAUUCAUAUACUUCAAUUAAUCAUUCAAUUCAUCGUCGACAAAUUUCACUUAAUAUUCAAACAUCACAACAAGCACGUUUACGAAUUACACCAUCGUAUAUUAUUCUUGGUCCACGCAUAAUUCGACCUGCGCAAAUAGUUUCUAUAAGUGUUACUAUAUUACGUGAUGAAUGGAAUCCAAUGAUGGUUAAAGCAUUAAUAUCUAAUGAUGAUAUGGCUAUUGCUAAUGUUGAAGAUAUAUUUAUGGUUAAUAUACCACGUACAUUACAAAUGCAUAUACCAAAAAAUAUUCGUAAUGGAACAUAUCGUUUAACAAUUGAAGGAAGAUUAGUAACAGGUGAAAAAAAAUUUUAUAACAUGUCACAAUUAAUAUAUGAACAAAAAGCUGUAUCAAUACUUAUUCAACUUGAUCGACCUGUUUAUCGUCAUGAAACUGUUAUACAAUUUCGUUGUAUACCUAUCUAUCCAGAUUUAAGUGGUUAUUUUCAUACAGUUGAUGCAUAUAUACUUGGUCCAUCGGGACAUAUUUUACGUAAAUGGGAAAAUCAACAGACAACUGCUGGAAUAGUUUCACUUGAAUAUCCAAUUAAUGAUGCACCACCUGAAGGUACUUGGUCAAUAAAAUGUCGUGUUAUGGGCUAUGAAGAGAAGAAAACAUUUGAAAUCUAUGAAUUCUAUUAUAGAAAAUUUGAAGUUAAUGUUACUGUUCCAUAUUAUUUACCAAUUGACACUCCUGGUAUAGGUGGAAUUAUAACAGCAAAUUAUACAACUGGAAUGAGUGUACUUGGUUAUGCACGAAUUGUUGUUCGAGCACGUAAUAUGUCUAUGCCAUAUGAUCCACGUGGUCAUCCAUUAUCUGAUGUUGAAUUUGAUCAAACAACACCAUCAUAUACAACAAAAAUCAACGAUUUUAAUGGUGUUGCUGGAUUUUUUAUACCAAUAUCAGUUAUUCGUACGCUUCUACCAGAUUUAGAUGGCAAUGAAAUAUUAAUAACAGCUGUUGUACAUGAUCCAUGGUGGAAUGAAACAAAUAAUGGUACAACUGUUGUUUCAUUUUAUAGACCUGGUACACGUCUACAUUUUCUUGGUGGACCAUCAAUGGUAUUCAAACCUCGUAUGCUCUUUACUACUUAUGUAGCGGCUACCAAUGAUGAUGGUACAAAAUAUCCUCCUGGUCCUGGUCGAUAUAUUCGUAUUUAUACUGAUACAGAUCGUGGUCAAACACAAGCUCCAGUAGAUUAUACGAUUGAUUCAUCCGGUAUAAUUAGACAUAGAUUUUUAACACCUGCUGAUCCAACAGUAACAUUUAUAAGAUUUCGAGCUGAAUUAUAUGAUAAGAAUAUUAAAGUUCAAGGUAGUGAGGAUGAACAACGUGCAAUACGUUAUUUAUCACCAUCAAAUAGUUAUUUACAAGUUACAUCUAGUACAGAAAUACCACGUGUUGGUGAUUUUAUGUUAUUUCGUGUUAAUAUAACACAAUAUGUUGAUUUUGUUUAUUAUCAUAUAACAUCAGCUGGAAAAUUAAUUUUUACAAAUAUUCUUCCAAUGAAUGAUGCUAGACAAAAAACAUUUGAUGUUGCUAUUAGUCGUCAAAUGGCUCCAUCAGCUCAUAUACUUGUUUAUUAUGUACGUUAUGAUGGUGAAAUUGUUGCUGAUAGUAUGAAUUUUCAUGUCGAUACAUCAUCAGUUACAAAUCAUGUUAAUAUAACAGUCAAUCGACGAAAAGAUUAUACAGGAAAUACAAUCGAAAUAUUAGCAUAUGCAUCACCACAAUCAUAUGUUGCAUUUGCUGGUCUUGGUCUUGUACAAACACGUUUAUUUCCACCAGGAAAUCAUAUUAGUUCAGUUAUGAUUUAUGAUGAAUUAUAUUCAUUUGAUCGUUAUUCAACAACAAGUUUUCAACAUACAUGGUAUUCAGAUAUUAACAUCGCAUCAAAUCGAGUGUUUUUUUCAUCCCAAUCAUAUGGUUAUGAUGCUGGUUCAACAUUUAACUCAACUGGUGUGCAGAUAUUUACUGAUGUUAAUAUAAAAGCUAUACAAACAAAAUGUAAUCAAUUUGGUUUAUUUCAAUGUACUGAUGGUUCGUGUUAUCCAUCACAAUUAAAAUGUAAUGGUAUUCUUGAUUGUCGUGAUGGUUCAGAUGAAGUUAAUUGUAAUAUAAGUAGUAAUAGAGUAAGUCAAUAUAACUUUACUCCAUUAUAUCUUCGUUUAUGGCCAUAUUGGGAACGUGAAUUACAACUUGAUUUUAUGUGGCAUCAACAAUUUGCUUAUCCAGAUGGUCGUGUACAAUUUCGUACAACUGUACCAAAUACAAUAGCUACAUGGGUUAUAACAGCAUUGGCUGUUAGUCGUUUAACAGGUUUUGGUGUUAUUAAUGUACCAUAUAUAUACGAAGGUACAAGACAAUUUUUUAUUAAAGUUGAAGUUCCACCUAUUAUUCGACUUGGUGAACAAAUUGGUGCACGUGUUGAUGUUUUUAAUUUUCAAACAUAUCGUAUUGAAGCAUUAAUUAUUUUACAUGCAUCAGAUCAUUAUCGUUUUGUUAAUGUUGAACGACAUGGUGUUGUUUCAUCAUUCUCACCAAAAUUAACAGAUGGAGAUCAUCAUGUACUUGUUAUAUUAUAUCCAAAUGAAGUACGAAGACUUUAUCUUCCAUUUGUACCGAUUACUGCUGGUGAAGUUGAAGUUAUGAUUGAAGCUGUUGUUGUUGUUGUUGUUGAUCGAAAGGAGAUCGGAUGUGAGUGUAUUACUGGUGUAUCUCGUGACUUUUAUCGUGAAGUAAUUAAAGUUAAUUAUGAAGGUGUACGUAAUUUUUAUCAUACUCCAACUGUAUUAUCACUUAAUAAUUUACCACGACAAGUAAAUGAAUAUGAUGUUACUGUUCCUCAACAUUUUAUUCUUCCAUUAGCAAACGUUUGGGAUUAUAUUCAUGGUUCAGCUACAUGUGAAAUAUUUAUAUCCGGUGAUGUAGCUGGUCCUUAUUUUUUAUUAGGUUAUGAUGAAUGGUUAAACACAGAUAAUUUAAUGCAACGUACAACUGCUCCAAGUGAUUCAGGUGUUUUUGAUUUUGCUAUGAUGAUUUAUAAUCUUCGAUAUAUGUUGCAAGGCCAUGGUGGUCGUGCAUUUGGUCAAGACAAAUUAUUGACAGUAUUAAAUUAUGCAAAUAUGGAAUAUCAACGUUUUAUGGCAAUGUAUGUUGAUGCUGAUCCUGAUGAACCAUGGCGUAAAGGUUCAUUUAGUCAAUUUGGUUUUUCAAAUGAAACAUCUACAUGGCUUACAGCCUGGGUAUUAAUGACAUUAAGUGAUGCCGUUUAUCCUGAAUGGGAAGAAAAAGGUUUAUAUAUUGAUCCAAAUCUUCGUUCAGAUAUUGUUGCAUUUCUUCUAAGUACACAACAACGAAAUGGUUCAUGGGCUGAAUUUACAACAGUUGAAGAUCGAAAUAAAUUUGGUUAUCGUUUAACAAAUAUAAGUGGUACAUAUAAAUUAUUAAACUUAUCUUUAACAGCACAAGUUAUUAUUGCUUUACAAUUAAAUACUGACAUACGUGGUAUACCAGCAAAAUUUUUAACAGGUGCAAUUAAUCGUGGAAGACAAUGGUUAGAAAAACAUUUUCGUUUAAUAAAUGAUGCAUUUGAUAUGGCAAUUGUUACAUAUGCAUUACAUAUAACAAAUAGUGCUGAAAAAGAUGCAGCAUUUUCUAUGUUAGGUUUAUUUAAACGAAUGAAUGAGAAUGGAGUUUAUUAUUCAAAUUUAAAUUUACCUGGAAUGACAAAAACAUGGCCGAAUGUUAAUCCUCGAUUUGGACCUAAACCAGUUCCAACUGACUUUGAAGCUCAUGCUGUAACUGCUACAGCAUUUGUAGUUAUGACAUAUACACAUAAAGUUAGAGUUAAACAAGCUGAGCAAUCUGUGCUAUGGCUUCAAUCAAUGCGUAAUUUUAUUGGUGGUUGGUCUGCAACUUAUGAUUCUUGUAUAGCACAACGUGCUAUAGUUGGUUAUGCAGUAUUACGUGGUUUUGAAAUAACAGCAUAUAAUAUACGUAUUAAUUUAGCAUCAUCGUCAUUUGCAGAUGCUGAUGAUGACAGUCCAGUUGUAAUUGUCGAUGACAAUAUAAUUGAUACUCAAGUUCGUGGUGUAGAAAAUGUUUGGGGUGUCGUUUAUAUCGAUGGAUUCGGCAAUGGCUACGCACUUGUUCAAAUGCAUGUUGGUGUUAAUGUUGAAUUUGAUCCUCGAGUACGUCGUCCAGCUUAUGCUCCAUUUUCUGUUGAUAUUAAACCAAUGUUAUCUGGUCGUAACUUUUCAACAGUUGAUUAUCAUGUUUGUCUUUCUUGGCGUUCAGAUAAUGUUAAACUAUUAAAAGCAUCACGUAGUGGUACAGUUGUGAUUGAAAUUCAAAUUCCAACUGGUUAUCGUGUUGAAGAAAAAGACUUGAAAUCAAUGAUACGAGGUCGUUAUACACGUAAUUUACGUGAAGCAGAAAAUUGGCCAGGUCAAAUUAAUUUUGGUUUUCAAUACAUAGAUUUUGAUCCCAUAUGUUUUGAAUUUCAAGCAAAACGUUGGAUACCAGUGGCAAAUAUUUCACGUUAUUAUGAAAUACGAGCUUAUGAAUGGUUUGAACCAGGUAAUAUGUAUCGAAAUGUUUACACAAUGAGAAAUUUAUUUGCUUUAGAUAUUUGUGAAGUUUGUGGAUCAUAUCAAUGUCCAUAUUGUCCAUAUUAUAGUCCAGCUACAGUAUUUAUACAAUCCAUAGCAAUGAUUAUUUGUAUUUUAUUUAUAAUUUUAUGUAAUCAUCUGAAUAUGGUUAUUUUUAAUUGA